CAAAAAGGGGCGACGUUGACGUAAAAGAGUGGCGACACGCACCGACUUUGUUAUUGCUGGAAUUUGCCUACUUAGAAACCAGUCAUUUCACCGCCGUGGAUGGACUAACGUAUAUUUAGACACAAUAAAAGUAAGUUUACUGGUGCUAUCGUGAAUCUGUCACACUGUGAGCAGUAAACUCAGUCUUAUAUCUGUUAUUGUUCAUAUGUGCCCGCCAGCAAUGUUCCACAACAGCUCACAGAGAAAAUACUGGAUUUUUAAAAAAGAAGACGAACUCGAGCAUAUGAGAUGCAAGGCCAAUCAGAAAUUCCGUAACAAGAUACUAGAAAGUGGGAAGCCUGGGUUGAGUGAGUCCAUGUUCCUGGAGCGUCAUGAGGAAGACGUCUUAUUUAGACACUAUGAGAGAAGGCUGCUGGAUUUCUGCAACGCUUUUAAACCCGCAAUGCCCAAGUCUGUGGUGGGUACAGCUAUCAUGUACUUCAGAAGAUUCUACCUGAACAAUUCCAUUAUGGAGUACCACCCUCGGAUUAUCAUGCUCACUUGUGCGUACCUGUCUUGUAAGGUGGAUGAGUUCAAUGUGUCCAGUACCCAGUUUGUGGGCAACCUUUUGCAGGAGACCCCAGCAGGACAGGAAAGGGUUCUGGAGCAAAUCCUGGAGUAUGAGCUGCUGCUCAUCCAACAGCUCAAUUUCCACCUGGUGGUCCACAACCCCUACAGACCCAUGGAGGGCCUGCUCAUCGACCUAAAGACUAGAUACCCCACACUGGAUAACCCAGAGUCACUGAGGAAGAGUGCAGAUGACUUUCUGACACAGGCAGCCAUGACAGAUGCAGGGCUGAUGUUUCCCCCUUCUCAGAUCGCUCUGACAGCUAUUCUGAACAGCGCCUCAAGAGCCGGUCUGAGCAUGGAGACCUACCUGACUGAAUGCUUGGGACUGAGAGAGGACAAGGAGGCUCUCUCAAAGAUGUACGACUCGAUGAGAAGGAUGAAAACCCUCCUGAAGAAGUAUGAACUUCCCAAACCAGAGGAGGUGAAUGCUUACAAACAGAGGUUGGAGAGGAUUCAUGUGGAGUUUUCCACCUCAAGCAACAAACGAAAAAGAGGAUAUGAAGAAGACGGCCAUGUAGCAAAAGAACCACGUUUGGUAGAAGAGGAAUGGACAGAUGAAGACCUGAUGUAAGCUCCAUGUGGUUGUGGAAUCAAACAGAGUUUUAAGUUAUUAUACUACUUAACUCCAGUAUUGAGCUGUCAAUGACCAAAACAGAAGUAUCUAUCAUAAACAGUUUGCAAGUGUGCAUAUUAUAUUUACUUUUCUACAAGACAUUGCAGUCAAUCUUGUGUUUGCCUUUGUUCUGCAGUAAGAAUAAAGAUAUUUUUCUACA